AUGCGUUUGGAUUCAACAUUAAAUUCUUCAAAUGCUCACGAGAUUGAGAGUUUCUCUAAAUGGAUUUUAGAUGUGGGAGAUGGAAAAAUCUCGGAACCAAAUGAUGGAUAUGUUGAAAUUACUAUUCCACCUAAAUUUCUAUUAACGAAUUUUAUGGAUCCAAUUGAGAAAAUUGUUACAAGUACUUAUCCAAACCUACUUGAGAAUUUCACAAAUCCAGAUUUCCUCCAAAGUAGAGCUAUUAUAGCUUCAACUAUAAAAAUUGUGGAUGAAAUGAAUGAUUACAUUACUAAUAUUCUUCCAGGUGAUGAAAAGGAGUUUUUGAGUAGUGAUACUAUUGACAGAUCAGAAGCAAAUAGAAAUGAGGCUUUCGAGCAUUUGACUCCAGAGUUUUUAAGCUGUUUAAAAACAUCUAGUUUUCCUAACCAUUUCUUGAAAUUGAAGAUUGGCACAACUAUUAUGUUGAUAAGAAAUUUGGAUCAAUUAGAAGGACUUUGUAAUGGUACAAGAUUGACGGUAACAAGGCUAGCAAAUAAUGUCAUUGAGACAAAGAUGAUUUCAGGUACACAUAUAGGAAAUACUAUAUACAUUCCUAUAAUGUCUUUGUAUACUUCACAAUCCCAUUGGCCAUUCAAACUUAUUAGAAGACAAUUCUCCAUUAUUGUUUCAUUUGCAAUGACAAUAAAUAAAUCUCAAGGUCAAUCAUUAGACUAUGUUGAUUUAUAUUUUCCAACAGACGUCUUCAGCCAUAGGCAACUUUAUGUUGUAAUGUCAAGAGUCAAAAGCAAAGCAGGUUUGAAAAUCUUAAUUCAUGACAAAAAAGACAAAUUGCCAUUACAUGAAACAAUAAAUAUGGUUUUCAAAGAAUUUUUCCACAAUGUUGUAUAG